UUAAAGCCAAAAUCCAACGGACUCUCUAGUCGUCACCAACACCACCACCACCUCCCCUUCCUAGACAAGGGAAAAACAUCAACCCCAUUUCUCUUCUUUCAAACAACGAAACUUCAAACCUUAAAACAAUCUAACAUUAAUCUUCACAACCCUUUUUGCUUUUUUCGUUUUUACUAAAUCCCUUUUUUUUUCUUUUGCUGAUAAUCAAGCAAACAUGAGUCAGAGGGACGAUGCUGAAGAGGCAAGAGAUCAGCUUAGGAAACCUUUGCUCCAGACAGGGAGUUGGUAUAGAAUGAGCUCAAGGCAAUCCAGUAUAAUGAGUUCCUCCGCUCAGAUGCUCCGUGAUGGUUCUGUUUCUGUUGUUCUUUGUGUCCUCAUUGUCGCUUUAGGCCCCAUCCAAUUCGGUUUCACUUGUGGUUAUUCUUCGCCUACACAAGCAGAAAUCAUUAGCGAUCUUAAGCUUUCUAUUUCAGAGUUUUCGAUGUUUGGUUCAUUAUCAAAUGUGGGUGCUAUGAUUGGUGCUUUAGUAAGUGGCCAACUUGCAGAAUAUAUUGGUCGAAAAGGGUCUUUGGUGGUCGCGGCGGUGCCUAAUAUAAUUGGAUGGCUAAGCAUAUCUUUUGCUGUUGAUUCAUCAUUUUUGUUCAUGGGAAGGUUGUUGGAAGGGUUUGGUGUCGGUAUAAUCUCAUACACGGUACCUGUAUAUAUAGCUGAAAUAGCGCCUCAGGACAUGAGAGGAAGUCUUGGAUCGGUUAACCAGCUCUCAGUGACAAUUGGAAUAUUGCUGUCUUAUCUACUGGGACUUUUUGUUAAUUGGAGAGUGCUUGCUGUUUUAGGAUGUUUUCCUUGUGCCCUAUUAAUUCUUGGCUUAUUUUUCAUACCCGAAUCUCCUCGAUGGCUGGCCAAAAUGGGGAUGACGGAAGAUUUUGAAGCCUCUUUGCAAGUUUUACGAGGAUAUGACACUGACAUUACUGCUGAAGUGAAUGAAAUCAAGAGAGCUGUUGCAUCUUCAAGCAAAAGAACAACAAUUCGUUUUGCAGAUCUCAAGCGAAGAAGAUAUUGGUUUCCUUUGAUGGUAGGAAUUGGAUUGCUUGUGCUCCAGCAAUUCAGUGGUAUCAAUGGGAUCUUUUUCUAUUCCAGUAACAUCUUUGCAAAUGCUGGAAUUUCCUCAAGCAAUCUUGCUACAUGUGGACUUGGAGCUAUCCAGGUCAUAGCCACUGGGAUCUCUUCGUGGUUGAUGGAUAAAGCUGGGCGCAGAUUGCUUCUUAUUAUAUCUACAACUGGAGUUACUCUUAGCUUGCUUCUGGUUGCUAUUGCUUUUUAUUUGCAGGGCAUUUUACCACAAGAUUCUGAUUUGUAUCACAUAAUGGGAAUUGUGUCACUUGGAGGACUUGUGGCUGUGGUAAUUUUCUUCUCAGUGGGACUAGGAGCUAUUCCUUGGAUCAUAAUGUCUGAGAUUCUCCCUGUGAACAUCAAGGGCAUCGCUGGCUCGGUUGCAACAUUGGCAAAUUGGCUUGCUUCCUGGCUUGUUACAAUGACUGCAAACUUGCUCAUGAGUUGGAGCAGUGCAGGGACCUUUACUAUUUACACGGUGGUCAGUGCUUUCACUGUCAUUUUUGUGUCUCUCUGGGUCCCUGAAACCAAAGGAAGAACUCUAGAAGAAAUACAAUUGUCGUUCAGAUGAAAGUGUUUGCUCAAGCAUACGUGAUCCGGUUUGCAUGAAAUUUUUUACUUGUGAAAAUGAUUGAAUUGUAUACGUAUUUUUUUAUUUUUUUUUCUUUCCACGAGUGUUGAUUUGUUUUGUAAAAAGUUAAAAAAAAAAAAAAACAAAGGUGUGAAGGAAGUUAAAAUUUCAUUAACAA